AGCCGAUGUGUGAAACAGAAGACGACGUCGCUUGACCUCCUCUGAAAGUUUGGACUGGACUUUGAAGCACUCUGCAUAUACGAGAUUUGUGACCGACCGGUUCCCUUCAACGGAAGGUCAAGACGGUGCAUUUCGAGCCCUGAAACUCACCUGACUUGUUGAGUUUCAGUGCAAAACCCUAGAACGACUCAAACCGCACACAGGGAAGGGAAGUCACCACUCCAAGUGAGCUAUGUCUGGCUCUGAACCUGAGAGUCCAGAAAUGGAGCCAAUACAAGCCAAUCCUGCUCUGAGGAGGCCUCGGAUUCUACUUGCUGCUAGCGGGAGUGUAGCGGCCAUAAAGUUUGGCAACCUCUGCCAUAGUUUUUCUGAAUGGGCAGAAGUAAAAGCAGUUGCCACAAGAGCAUCCUUGCAUUUCAUUGAUAGGACAUCACUUCCCAAGGAUGUAAUCCUGUACACCGAUGAGGAUGAGUGGUCCAGUUGGAACAAAAUGGGUGAUAGUGUGCUUCACAUUGAGCUCCGCCGUUGGGCUGAUAUCUUGGUUAUUGCCCCAUUGUCAGCGAACACACUAGGCAAGAUUGCUGGGGGAUUGUGUGACAAUCUACUCACCUGUGUUGUACGAGCAUGGGACUACAGCAAGCCUUUCUUUGUUGCACCAGCCAUGAACACCUUGAUGUGGAAGAAUCCCUUCACGGAGCGACAUAUCAUGUCAAUUGAUGAACUUGGAGUGUCGCUCAUCCCGCCUGUCACAAAGAGGCUGGCUUGUGGGGAUUACGGAAAUGGAGCAAUGGCUGAACCUUCGUUGAUUUAUUCUACUGUAAGACUCUUUUUCGAGUCUCGAGUUCAACAAGGUGGCAGUGUUGUUUAGGAAACGGUAUAAUAGAAGUAAAGUUGCCACCAUCUUGAGAUUCGAUGACAGACUUUAACUUGAGAGACCCGAUGACAAAAUUUGGCUUGGUAUGCAUAACAUGCUAGAAUUGUUUUUGCGGGUUGUUUGAUUUUGUGUUAGGUGCAUAUGGUGUUUUGGUAUCUGAACCAGGCUAAUUAUAUAUCUAGAAUUGUAUUAGUUUAUUUGAAUUCAGCUUUU